GAGCCUUCGGCGCCGCCCGGUUAUUUACGUAUUAAUCGCCUUGGCCCGGAAACCGGAAGUGGCGUGUUUGCGGGAGACCAAGUUGCAGGAAGAAGUUCGCAAGAAGUCAGAUUCAGCAUGGAGUCUGAAGAUGCUGUUGCUCCUGAAAAACUAAUUGAGGAUUUGAAUCUCUCAGAAAAACAGAGCAGUCCUACACAUCAUGCAUAUAUCCCCAGAGUCGUUAAAGAAGGUGUGAGUCAGUUGUCUGACUCGGGUAGAGAGGAUGAUGAUCUCUUCCAUGACUGCAAAGACUCUCUUGAAUCAGGAGUGGUGGAAGAGAAUCACAACAGCCAGACAGAUUCUUUAGAAAAUGAGGAGGAUCUAGAUGAAAAAGAAUUGCUGGAACUGGAAAAAAACAUGUCAGAGGAAGAAAAAGAGAAAAGAAGAAAUGAAAGCACAACAUUAAAAGAAGAAGGAAAUAAACAGUUUAAAAAUGGAGAGUAUAAAGAAGCAGAGGAUUCGUAUGCAAAAGCCCUGCAGGUUUGUCCGGCCUCCUGUAACACAGAUAGAUCCAUUUUGUAUUCAAAUAGAGCUGCAGCAAGAAUGAAACAGGACAAGAAAGAAAUGGCUAUAAGUGAUUGCAGCAAAGCUCUAGAGUUAAACCCAAACUACAUCAAAGCACUGUUGAGGAGGGCAGAACUGUAUGAAAAAACAGAAAAACUAGAUGAAGCUUUAGAGGAUUACAAAAAUCUGUUGGAGAAAGAUCCAUCGGUAUAUCAAGCAAGGGAAGCUUGCAUGAGAUUGCCAAAAGAAAUAGAAGAACGUAAUGAAAAACUUAAGGCUGAGAUGUUAGGCAAAUUGAAGGAUCUUGGGAACCUGGUUCUCCGUCCUUUUGGCUUAUCAACGGAAAACUUCCAAAUGAAACAAGAUUCCUCAACUGGCUCCUACUCUAUCAACUUUGUUCAAAAUCCAAAUAAUAACAACCGAUAACACUAGCCCAAACUGCAUGUGGCAAAUGUUGGGCUUUGAGGCUUAACGGUGAUGUUGUUUCGGUGAAUGCAAAAAGGAUGAGUAAACAUUUAAUGCAUAACGCCAUUCUUUAAACUGGGAGGAUUUGAACUGAGACCUAUGCAUUGUGUAUAUGUGUGUGUGUGUGUGUGUGUGUGUGUGUGAUUCUUUCAAAAGAGGUGGGCAGAAGAGGACUGAUAUUUGACCUUCGCAGUGAUAUUUCGUGCACUUUGGCCACUCUGCAUCUUCCAUCUGAGGAGGGAUGGGGGUUAGCUUUGCAAGUUUAGAAAAAUGUCAGUGCGUCUAAACCUGUAGCCAUUGUACAAUCAUUUCAUCAUUUGUGAAGUUUGUAAGUCUCUUUGAAGGGCAAAGAAAUGUUUCUCUAUUUAGAGAAUCUACUUUUACCUUACAGAUUAAUAAAUCAUUCAUGUUA